AGUUCUUACUCCAUUCACCGUUGUGUUGAUUUUCGUUCGACGACUGCGGCUUGAAACCCUUUGACGGUGACUCGAUUCAAAGGAUUUCUUUGAGGUGUUGACUGUGUUGUAUUCGUAUAGUAUCAUGUCGGAUGAAGAACCAGUUGACCAGAAAAGGCACUUUGAAGAUUUGUGCAAACCCAAGUGUGUUAGAGCUUGGCUUGACUAUCAGGGAUGCGUGAAAAGGGUGGAGGCAGAUGAGACGGGCCACAAGCAUUGCACGGGACAGUACUUCGAUUAUUGGCAAUGUGUUGACAAAUGCGUUGCACCUACGCUGUUUGCAAAACUGAAGUGAUAUAUGGGAGAGAUUUCUUAACCAUUAUUUAUGGCGAUGAUAACAGUCUCGUUCUGUAUGUUACCCUUUCUAUUACAAAUUCGCUUACAAAUAAUUUCAUAGUUGGUCUGUAAUUUUGCUUAGAAUUCGAGCAAAACCGUUCCAGGAUGGGAUGAUUGGCUUGGGUUUGGACCAUUUGAGUGUUGUUUUUUUAACCAUUCACCCACGCCCACAGGUCGAACCUUUCGAGGGUCGACUCAAUGAGGUUAUGUGAAGGUCACAACAAGGCCAUGGUGAAGUUUUUGUUGGGAUUGUGAUUGGUUUACCCUC